AUGCCAAAUUCAAACCAAUCAUCGCCACCCCCACCUGCCUACACUAAUCAUGGUGAUGUAUCUGUAGCAAGUAAUGAGACACUGCCAAGGGCGCCGGUAAAUCAGCCAACUACCUCGAUUUCUCAUGAAAUAGUAGAUUCAGCUGCGACGAUUCAGCAAAUCGAUGCACCAAGUUUCACGAUAACAGCACCUGAGAAUUCAGUAUUUAUGGCAGGCUUUAAUACAGCAGAAAGUGACAAAAAUUACCCCGAUGGAUUGCUUUCGAAACUUGAGAAUGUUGUUCAGCAGCUGGAGUCAUCCCAGGAAGAACGACUUAUUACACGGCUUGAAAAUGUUCUAUCACGCCAGGCAGAGGCAAAUUCCAGUUUGUUAAGUGAGAAGACAGACACCAGAAAACCAAUCAAGCUUAAAGAUGCAGUCGGGAGACGCUUCAGCUUCCCUUAUCACCGAUGUGAGACCUGGGCAGGAAUCUCAGAACUCAUUAAAGCAGCAUUUCUUCAUGUCGAAAUCAUCGGCCCACAUGUUAACGAAGGACAUUACGAUAUUAUGAAUCCGGCUGGGGAAGUCAUCCUCCCUCAACUCUGGCAAGAUCAUGUCCAGCCUGGAUGGGAGAUCUCCAUGUCAAUGUGGCCAAUUCCCGGCCCUCCCAAGCCAAGAUUCCCAACACUAACACCGAAUGCGCCGGUACAUGUUAUCGUGGAUAGAGUGCUUGGGCCCGCUCCAAAUUGCUUUCGGUCGCAUCAACCAACCAGUUAUUCUAGUGAUUUGAGUGCCCAGGGCAAAGGAACUCGGGGAUUGUGGCAAAAAAUGAAAGGUGUAUUUACAAGGAAAAAGCUGACUUAUGACUCGGACAGCAGCGAAUCUAGUUGCUGUAAUUGA